CCUCCUCGGAGCACGAUGCGCUGAUCCCCGUUCAGUCUGAGAAGGAUGAUGUCUGUCGUCUCCACGGUGGAAAGCGUCCCCAGAGGUAGCGGCACCCCGGCGCCCAGCCUCAUCCAGCGGAUCCGGAGGGUCCUGACCAGGGACCUGCUGGUGACCCUGGCCCUGGGUCAGGUCCUGUCCCUGUUAAUCUGUGCCAUCAGUCUGAUCAGCAAGUACCUGGCUGAUGACUUCCACGCCAACACGCCCGUCUUCCAGAGCUUCCUGAACUACAUCCUGCUGUUUCUGGUCUACACCACCACGCUGGCAGUCAGACAAGGUGAAGGGAACCUGCUGGCCAUUCUGAAGCAGCGCUGGUGGAAAUACAUGAUUCUAGGUUUGAUUGACAUCGAGGCCAACUAUCUGGUGCUUAAAGCGUACCAGUACACUACUCUCUCCAGCGUACAGCUUUUGGACUGUUUUGUCAUCCCUGUGGUCCUGCUGCUCUCCUGGUUCUUUCUCUUGGUGAGGUACAAGGCGGUCCACUUUGUCGGGGCAGGACUGUGUCUGCUGGGUGUCGGCUGCAUGGUGGGAGCUGACAUCCUACUUGGUCGCCAGCAGGGCCUCGGAGAGCAGAAGCUGCUUGGGGACCUUUUGGUUCUGGGCGGAGCAACACUGUACGGGAUCUCUAACGUCUGUGAGGAGUUCAUCGUGAAGAACCUGAGCCGUGUGGAGUUCCUCGGUAUGAUGGGACUCUUCGGAUCCUUCUUCAGCGGCAUCCAGCUGGCCAUCAUGGAGCACAAGGAGUUGCUGAAGGUGCCCUGGGACUGGCAGAUAGGUCUUCUGUACAUUGGAUUCAGUGCCUUCAUGUUCGGCCUGUACAGCUUCAUGCCUGUGGUGAUGAAGAGAACGAGUGCCACCUCAGUCAACCUAUCUCUGCUCACAGCUGACCUGUACAGUUUCUUCUGUGGCCUCUUCCUCUUUCACUACAAGUUCUCGGGCCUCUAUCUGUUGUCAUUCUUCAUCAUUAUCUUGGGCCUGGUCCUUUACGCCACCUCGUCUACCUAUGUGGCCCAGGACCCCCGAGUCUACAAGCAGUUUAGGAACACGGGUGGCCAGCAGGCCCCUGACCAGCCUCCCCUCAGUACUCGAGUCCUGGAGCCCUCCGUCACCUACACCAGCCUGGGUCCCGAGGCGGGGAACGAGCUUCCUGUACGCGUGGCCUAAGAUCUGGGAGAGUUUUCAGUCAGCCUGGUGUAUCAGUGAGUCAGCCUCCAGCUCCUGCCCACAGUUAUACAGAGAAAUGGUGCUGGCUGAGCAGGGCAGCUGGGUGACCCCCAGGUAGGUCCAGGUUUUCAUUUCAUGGCCUGUACUGGAAGACAGGGUCUCCAGCCGCUCAGUGACAAAGUUAAGACAAAUUCAUGUAUCCUGAAAAAUGAAUGAGCAGAAAGUCAUUAAAACAAAUAGCAAAGUGAUUGAAACUGUUGAGUUCACUGUGAUCAAAGACUGUGAGUAGACAGUAGUGACUGUAUAUGUCCAUUCAUGUAAAUAGAGGGUAUUGUAAUUUGACUGCAUUUAAUCUGCUUUCUUUUUUAUAUCUGCCUCAAAUGUUUGUGCUUAAUACCAGUGUACACUGCUCUACAAAAUCUAGCUGCAGUAACUACACAAAAGGUAAAACUGAGGAAAACUGCUUUAAAGUUUCUGAACAUUUUUAACUGGCCAGCCAAAUGGGUUAUAGGUAGGUAAGUGAUACUUAUUUCUACAUGAAUUGAUGAUGUAAUAUUUAUGCUAAAAAAUCAUGACGAUUUAUUUGACCUUUGACCCAAGAAAUGUAGUUAGUGCACUAUUUUCGCUGUAAAAGGUUCUAAUAGUGAUGCAAGAACAGAGUACAGUAACUACAAUGUUGUUGUCUUCUUUCAGCUUUUAUAUUUUGUUUUCAGUGAGUGAACAUUCUCAAAUUGAUUAUGUUAUAAAUGUUUUUAAAAGUGUUUAACAACUCUUUUUUUUUAAAUAUUCAUGUAUUUUAGACUUAAUAUUAUAAAGUAAUGCUAUAUUUUAAUAUAAUUUUAUCUGACUUUUUUACUUAAUACCUAUCUAGAUAAUAAUUUCUCUAUCAAGUAAUCUUAUAAUUUAUAUUAUUCUUGUCUGUUCGACACAAUGAAGAAAUUCAAGGCUGCACUGUAUCACAGUCAAAGGGAAGUUACUGCAGUCUGCUUUGGUUUUCAGUUGAAUUUUGUAGUUACUGCAAUUUUUAUGUCAUUAUUUCUCUGAAAUAAAGCAAAAUUGAAAUCUAAAACUGUCACAAAAUAAAGCAGACAUCAACAAGUUCAUUUUUAGUUUUAACUCAAUUUCGACCAAAAAUGUAGUUACUGCAGCUAGACUUUGUAGGGCAGUAUAUGCUCAAGUUGUUUUCAUUUCACUUCUAAUUAUGUGAUUGGAAUCUACAGUGUUUCUAAACCCUCCAUGCCAAGUUUAUUACACAGACUGGAGUGAGUUAACACAUGUAUUUUAGAUUUGGCCAUCCUUCUCAGACCAGGAGAAGGUAAUCUCAUCAGGUUCAUGUACUCCCUGCUCCCUUCUCCCAGAUUUGACUUGGUGCCCAACAAAGACACCAAAUCACUGAUUGUAGUUCACUCUAUUGGCUAUCAGUAUGAUGUGAAGCAGAUUUUUGAGGGGUAAUCCAGUGGUUGGUUGUAGCAUUUCUAAGAAGUUGAAAGACUCAGAAAAGACAAACACAAAAGUCUAAAUGAAAGUAGGCUGUCAAAGUAAAAAGUGUGCUGCUAACAGCAGGUGGAAGCUAAAAGAGGAGAUGUUGAGAAAAAUUGGAAAGACAACUCGCUUCAAUUCACAAUCUGGUUCAAUAGUGGCGCAGCUGUGAUUCAUGCCUCUGACUGCUACUUUUUCAUGGGUUUUGUAGUAUUUAGAUACAACUGUCCAUGUUAAAAUGACAGAUAUCCCAUUAUUCCUCAGUAAGCUGUUGGCCAUAGCAUAAACUUCUGUGAGCAACAUUUUAUAAAAGUCGGCUUUUUGUUGGUUUCCAGUGCUAAACUGAAAUCAACCUGUUGACAUCACAAUAAACUACACUAAGGACUGACCUUGUUGGCAGUACUUAUGACUGUUGAUUAUUAUUAUGUACUCAUAAAAGUUGCCUGACAAUAGAAUGUAUUGUUGGUUUGGCAGAUCAGGCAGUGACACAACAUAUCUUUAAAAUGUUGCUGUUUGUAUUAAAACCUAAUCCCCAUAAAACUUCUGUUUGCCAGCUGUCAGGAUGCAGAAAGAACAGAUUUAGUCAUCUUUAUCUUUAGUUAUCUUUCUUUUCAUUUUGGCAUUUCACUGAGAACACAACCAUGUUUCCAUGUGCGGUGUAAUUUUAAAUGUAUGAACAUCAGUGUGUUUGUUUUCAUGAAACAGAGUACUGAGAUGCUCUACCACCCAAAUCCACCUGGUUCUUGCUGUUCAGUGUGCACAGCCGAACACUGAUGGAAGAGAAACACUGUUGUUUAGUGAGAGGAACAGUGUUCUCCAGACCAAGGAGCAUUAUUUAAUUUCAUGUAUUAUUUGUCUGUUCAAAUGUAAAUGCAAUGUAAGCAAUAUCUUUUCCUGUGGAUUCACAGGAGAGAAAUCACAGGGUAACGGAGUGAGUGAAGAUAAAGCUGUACAGUUGGUUUGAUCUGGUCCUUUUUCAUUCUACUGACUGUAUAUAAUCUCUUGUCUGGAUUAUUCACAAAGCUCUAUCAUUAUUCUCCUUUUUUAUUGGCUUUUGUAUCCUGUUUGAUGUAGUGCAUUGGAGUUGCUGUCGACAAUGUGCUUACAAUGAUGUUACUUAUAGUAAAAUAAAGCAUCUUUGUCAGAA